AUGUCAUCAACUAGCCCAACAAAGAAAUCAUCAUCUUCAAAUAAUGCUGGAAGGCCACCACAAACAGUAAGGUUUGGAAGAAGAACAUCAAGUGGACGUAUACUCAGCCUGUCUCGAGACGACGAUACAGACAUGUCGGUUGACAUGGAUUAUACGGUGGUGAUGCCACCAACACCAGAUAACCAACCAGGUGUUGAGCAAGGAACAGGAAGAACCUCUAACUCUUCGGCUUCUGCAUCUCGUUCGAGACUACAAUCACAACGAGAUAGCAAUGGUGGAUCUUCUGGCAAGUUAGAUAGAAGAGUGUCAGUAUUGAAAUCCAACAACAAGUCUAUGUUAAUGAGAAGCCAAACAGGAGAUUUCGACCAUAAUCGAUGGCUUUUCGAGACUAAAGGCAAGUAUGGGAUUGGGACUGCCUGUUGGUCGGAUGAAGAAGCUUAUGAUGCUACCACUGCUGGGAUGACCAUGGACGAUUUCACUGACAAGCCGUGGAAGCCCCUGACACGAAAAAUCAGCGUUCGGCCUGCUAUUAUCAGCCCUUACAGGUUACUAGUGGUGAUACGGAUGGUAGCGCUGGUUUUAUUUCUAACUUGGCGAGUGCAAAAUCCGAAUGAAGAUGCACUAUGGUUGUGGGGAUUGUCUAUUGUGUGUGAGAUUUGGUUCGCGUUUUCUUGGUUGUUGGAUCAAUUGCCGAAGCUCAACCCCAUUGAUCGAGCUGUAGACCUUGCAGCUUUAAAAGAGAAGUUUGAGCACCCCUCCCCUUCUAAUCCUCAUAGUCGGUCCGACCUACCGGGUGUUGAUAUAUUUGUAUCCACUGCUGACCCUGAUAAAGAACCCCCUCUUGUUACUGCAAAUACUAUACUAUCCAUCCUUGCUGUUGAUUAUCCUGUGGAGAAGAUCUCUUGCUACAUUUCUGAUGAUGGAGCUUCCAUCCUAACUUUCGAGGCAAUGGCCGAGGCCAUAAACUUUGGGGAGCUUUGGGUGCCUUUUUGUAGAAAACAUAACAUAGAACCUAGAAAUCCUGAUACUUAUUUCAACCUUAAGAAAGACCCUACUAAGAAUAAGAAGAAGCCGGAUUUUGUUAAGGAUCGACGAUGGAUUAAAAGGGAGUACGACGAGUUUAAGGUGAGGAUCAAUGGGUUGCCGGAUGCUAUUAAAAAGAGGUGUGACAUGCUCAAUUCAAAGGAUCAGUUACAGAGGAAUGUUAGUACUACGUCUAGUGAUAAGGAUGGAUAUAACGGGGGUAAUAAUCUUGACCAAAGUGAGGUGCAAAAGGCGACUUGGAUGGCCGAUGGGACACAUUGGCCGGGGACUUGGUACCAAAAGGCUUCUGAUCAUGCUAAAGGAGAUCAUGCAGGAAUUUUGCAAAUAAUGAGUAAAGUCCCUGAAACUGAUCCUGUUUUCGGUCAUUUUGAUGAGAAGAAACUUGAUUUUAGUGGUGUAGAUAUUCGUCUUCCUAUGUUUGUGUAUGUAUCUAGGGAGAAACGACCGGGUUAUGAUCAUAACAAAAAGGCUGGAGCUAUGAACGCCUUGGUGAGAUCUUCUGCUAUACUUUCGAAUGGGCCGUUUAUCCUUAACUUAGAUUGUGACCAUUAUUUCUACAAUUCAUUGGCUAUUAGAGAGGGAAUGUGUUAUAUGAUGGAUCGUGGCGGGGAUAGGAUAUGUUAUGUACAAUUUCCUCAACGAUUCGAAGGCAUUGAUCCAUCUGACCGAUAUGCCAACCAUAAUACUGUUUUCUUUGAUGGAAAUAUGAGAGCUUUAGAUGGUCUUCAAGGUCCUGUUUAUGUAGGAACAGGUUGCAUGUUUCGACGAUAUGCACUCUAUGGUUUUGAUCCUCCAAGGGCUAAUGAGUACACAGGCUUAUUUGGGCAGUAUAAGCAACCAAAAUCAAGCAAUGUCCAUGAACACUCUGAUCAAGAUGACGAAUCAACAUCUGAUACACAACGUUUGGCACCACAUCCUGACUUGGAACUUCCUAAAAAGUUUGGAAAUUCAACUAUAUUUACUGACUCAAUUGCUGUAGCUGAAUACCAGGGAAGACCUUUAGCUGAUCACAUAUCAGUGAAAAACGGCCGCCCUCCGGGUGCUUUAAUCCAUCCUCGUCCUCCACUUGAUGCUCCUAUAGUUGCAGAAGCAGUUGCUGUUAUUUCUUGCUGGUACGAAGAUAAUACAGAAUGGGGGACAAGGAUAGGUUGGAUCUAUGGAUCAGUGACAGAAGAUGUGGUGACAGGAUAUCGGAUGCAUAAUCGUGGAUGGAGGUCAGUUUACUGCAUAACAAAACGUGAUGCUUUUCGAGGAACAGCACCCAUCAACCUCACUGAUCGAUUACAUCAGGUUCUUCGUUGGGCUACUGGUUCAGUGGAAAUUUUCUUCUCUCGAAACAAUCCUUUAGUAGCAACAAGACGCCUUAAGUUCCUACAACGAGUAGCUUAUUUCAAUGUUGGGAUUUACCCUUUCACUUCUAUCUUCCUAGUAGUUUACUGCUUUCUACCAGCUUUGUCUCUUUUCUCAGGACAAUUCAUAGUACAAGGGUUGAGUGUUCCUUUUCUUAGCUACCUCCUUACUAUAACUAUCUGUCUUAUGCUCCUUUCCCUCCUCGAGGUUAAAUGGUCAGGGAUCGGAUUAGAGGAAUGGUGGAGAAACGAGCAGUUUUGGCUCAUAGGAGGCACCAGUGCACACUUUGCUGCAGUCUUACAAGGCCUUCUGAAAGUUAUUGCAGGGGUUGAAAUUUCAUUCACUUUAACCUCCAAGUCUGCUGGUGAAGAGGAAGAUGAUAUGUACGCCGAUCUUUAUAUUGUGAAAUGGACUAGUCUCUUCUGUAUGCCCCUCACCAUCAUUGUCAUCAACAUGGUUGCACUUGUGAUCGGGUUUGCGAAAACAGUCUAUAGUGUCAUCCCACAAUGGAAUAAGUUUCUUGGUGGAUGUUUUUUCAGUCUUUGGGUGUUGGCUCAUAUGUACCCUUUCGCGAAAGGACUGAUGGGAAGGAGAGGAAGGAUGCCUACAAUAGUGUGGGUUUGGUCGGGAUUAGUUUCUAUUACUGUAUCUUUACUUUGGAUUACUGUUAGUCCUCCACAAGGUAAUGUGAGUAUUUCUAAUGGUGCUGUUAAAGUUUAGAAAACAGAUAUUGUAAUUGUUAUAAACAAUAAAACCGAAACUUUCUUUUUAAUUUAAGAUGUAAGAACUAAUUUUCAGUCCCCUGCAAUGCACGAGUUAUUAGUUGUUUAACUUUGUAAUAAUAGUUUGAAUAUAUAUAGAACUUCUGAAAUUCAUAAGUUGAUAUCUCUUAUUUGCUCUUUUUUUUUUUGUGUUUAUUGUUUAUAUGAUUCUUUUUGUUCAUCUUAUCUGUUAUCUCCCAAAGUUGUUUAUCACCUUUCUCUCAUUUUUACCAUGUUUUCGCCUUCCCCUUUAUGUUUAUCCCAUCUUCCUUGCUCCUUUUCUUCAAUUGAUUUUGUACUUACAAAAUCUUUUCCUUUUAUGCGUGCAUUAUCAAUAUGUUGUGUUUAAAAAAAAAAAUAAAAAAAAAUGCAAUCGAUCUUAUCAAAUAAAUAAGCAGAAAUAUUUGUGGGAUAUAAUUGCGUGUUAACAGUAUGAAAUGAAAACAUAUUAGAUAAAAAAAUAUGUUCAGUAUAUUCAUGGAACUCUUCAAAAGGUAUAAAAUGAUUGGAAAAAAAAAAUCUUGUUUAUUACUCCUAUAGU